AUGACUAGGUUUUCUGUGAUUGGUAUUGACCAACUGGAAUUCAAACCAGCCUACAAUCCCUACACCGAACCUAGUAUGGAAAUUUUCUGUUUUCAUCCGGGUCUUGGAAAGUGGAUAGAAACUGGUAAUUCUGGUGUAUUCCGACCAGAAAUGUUACUCCCAAUGGGCUUGCCUGAAGAUGUUUCUGUGAUUGCUUGGGGAUUGUCGUUGGAGAGACCAACCAUGAUUAAAUAUGGAUUUAAUAAUAUCAGAGACUUGGUUGGACCUAAAGUGGAUUUGGAAAUGAUUAUUAGAAGUCCUAUAUGCAGACUUAAUAGAUAG